AUAUUUCACUCUGGUACAGGAACAGAAGGAAGCAGUUUUUUAAUCCAAAAAUCGAGAUAUUUACAGCAACAAACAUUAAAAGCCUUCUAAUGAGAGGAUCCAUCGCAAAAUGAAACGCACGAAUUUCCUCAGCAGAUAACGCACCAUGUCAAGGUUGUCCAGUAGAUGGCGAGAAUCCAGCGGGUGACUUCAGGUUGAGAAAUAAGCAGUCUUACCUUCGCUUUGACUGUUGAAGGGAGGAAAAAAUACUGAUGCUGACAGGGAGGCAUGAAAACCGGGAGGACAAUCCGCUUACAUUAUAUCCUAAUUUUAGAUGCAGAUACAACAUGGCAGAUGACUCCAGCGGAGAAAGCCCCAAGAUGCGGCUCAGCCUGCAGCUGCUUUUUUAGACCAAGCGUUGUUAUGCAAGCGCGGCUGAAAAUGCUCACACUGAGAGUGUCAGCUAACUAAAAACAAGAAGGCAACAAGAAAAUCAAGUUUUUACCGGCAUGUGGACUAAGAAUGGCGUUAGGUUAACGCGUACCAUGCCUCCGCUAGGUAAUGUAGUUCGUCAACAGUAGCAAAGCAACGGCCAAAUAUUGACAGCGGCGGUGUUCUGCCGGCUCGCGUAUUGAUAUUUAAUUUAACGGUCAUAUAUUCUGGUAAAUUACUACCCUUUAGGCGGAGCGUUAGCCAAUCAGCGUUGAGUGCUGGGAUUAAUUUUUCAACUAAAAACAAGCCUUUUAAUGCACCUUGUGGGCCUGUAGGUAACUGGGUGAAACUACUGACAGAAGCGAACCAGGACGUGUUUCUGCAGCGACAAGGAUUAACUGUAGAUGUGAAGGAACCCCAAUCUUUUAAGGUAACUCCGCUGGACUGCGCUCCGAAGCUGGCUUCCCUACCCCAACCUCAACCAUCAUGUAACUGUCACUUUUCAGAGAUGGCAGAACAUUUGCUGGGAUUUGUUGAUGGAAAACAGACGCAGUGGUGUAUAUUUAACCAGGUUAACUAAACCAAACCUGUGUUUAGGAUGAUGGGACCUCGGCCAGAAACGGGGAUGCAUUUAGGGGCAAUCAUGAGCCCUCAACGGCAAUCAUCAAGUUCCCAUAGCGACAGGUCCUCCUCUGAGACCCUGCAGAAAAACAGCAGCAGCAACUCUGGUGUUAUUCUGGAUAUCUCAUCUCUUGAGAUGGCAGAUGUGGAUUCAGAGGUGCCUUCUCUUCCACCUCGCUACCGCUUCAGAGACCUGCUGUUGGGGGAUCAGACAUUUCAAAAUGAUGACAGGUAUCAAGAGGAGUACAGUAUGGACUCAACCAAUGCCCAGGUGCAGGUAGAGUUCUACGUGAAUGAAAACACCUUCAAGGAGAGGCUGAAGCUCUUCUUCAUCAAAAACCAAAGGUCAAGCCUAAGAAUUCGUUUGUUCAACUUCGCACUGAAGAUUCUCACCUGUGCCCUCUACAUUCUGAGAGUCAGCCUGGAUAUCCCCACAGAAAAUAACGGUUACCAAUGUACAACAUGCCGAAACAACAGUACACUGAAUACUGCAGAGGCACCGGGAAUCAAAUGGAGCCUUAUUUUCUGGGUGACCAGACGGGAGCCUGUGUGGGCAAUACAGGUGACAGUGGCCUUAAUCAGUUUCUUGGAGACUAUGCUUAUCACAUAUCUCAGCUACAAGGGGAACAUUUGGGAGCAGAUCUUCCAGAUAUCCUUCAUAUUGGAGAUGAUUAAUACAGUACCAUUUAUAAUCACAAUCUUCUGGGCUCCAUUAAGAAACAUAUUUGUCCCUGUAUUUCUUAACUGCUGGCUUGCCAAAGGUGCACUGGAGAACAUGAUCAAUGAUUUCCACCGUGCCAUCCAGAGGACACACUCCGCAAUGUUCAACCAAGUGUUCAUCCUCAUCUGCACCUUACUCUGUCUGGUGUUCACUGGAGCUUGUGGAAUUCAGCACCUUGAGAGGGCCGGGAAAAACUUGUCCCUGUUUGACUCCUUUUAUUUCUGCAUCGUCACCUUCUCCACUGUGGGCUAUGGGGAUGUUACUCCACAGAUCUGGCCCUCACAGUUACUGGUGGUUAUUCUCAUCUGUGUGGCACUGGUAGUCCUUCCACUGCAGUUUGAAGAACUGGCAUACUUGUGGAUGGAGAGCCAGAAGCUUGGAGGGAACUACAGCCGUCACCGGGCGCAGACUGAGAAACAUGUUGUGUUAUGUGUCAGCUCGCUCAAGAUUGACCUGCUGAUGGAUUUUCUCAAUGAGUUUUAUGCUCAUCCUAGGCUGCAGGACUACUAUGUGGUGAUCCUGUGCCCGACAGAAAUAGAUAUUCAGGUUCGACGCAUUCUGCAGAUCCCUCUGUGGUCUCAGAGGGUAAUCUACCUGCAAGGAUCUGCCCUUAAAGACCAGGACCUGAUGAGGGCCAAGAUGGACAAUGCUGAGGCGUGCUUCAUCCUGAGCAGCAGGAAUGAAGUUGAUCGAACUGCUGCUGAUCAUCAGACUAUUUUAAGGGCUUGGGCUGCAAAGGAUUUCGCUCCCAAGUGCCCUCUGUAUGUCCAAAUUCUCAAACCCGAAAAUAAGUUUCACGUAAAAUUUGCUGAUCAUGUUGUCUGUGAAGAGGAGUUCAAGUUCGCCAUGCUGGCCCUCAACUGCGUGUGUCCAGCCACGUCCACUUUAGUGACUCUGUUGGUUCACACCUCCAGAGGACAGGAAGGGCAGACAUCUCCAGAACAGUGGCAGAGGACAUAUGGACGCUGCUCUGGGAACGAGGUCUACCACAUCCAUUUAGGUGAUAGCAAGUUCUUUGGAGAGUAUGAUGGAAAGAGCUUUACCUAUGCCUCCUUUCAUGCGCACAAGAAGUAUGGGGUGUGUUUGAUCGGGGUGAAGAGGGAGGACAACAAGAGCAUUCUCCUGAAUCCCGGACCACGUCAUAUCAUGGCUGCUACCGACACCUGCUACUACAUCAACAUCACUAAGGAGGAAAACUCAGCCUUCAUCUUCAAACAGGAGGAAAAACAUGGGAAGGGUCUCCCCGUCACCAGCCUCUAUGAUGCUCCCUCUCGGCUGCCUGUGCACAGCAUCAUAGCCAGCAUGGUUGAUCAGGCCACUUCAUAUGGCACUGUAGCGAUAGAUCUCCAGCACCCCGAUCCUCCUGAGGAAAGUGGAAAACUAGCCAUACCCACCGAAAAUGGAGCUGGAAGUCGAAGGCCAAGCAUUGCACCCGUCCUGGAAAUUGCUGACUCCUCCGCUAUUUUGCCCUGUGACCUCCUUAGCGACCAAUCGGAGGACGAGACCAACCAAUCAGACGAUGAGGGCUCCGUGGGGUCGGAAUUUGUGAAGGGCUACCCUCCAAACUCACCAUACAUUGGCAGCUCUCCAACUCUUUGCCACCUCCUACCACAAAAAGCUCCAUUCUGCUGCCUUCGCUUCGAUAAGGCCUGCACACAUAAUAGCUCCGAGGAUGCUAAGGCCUAUGGUUUCAAGAAUAAGCUGAUUAUAGUUUCUGCAGAGAUGGCAGGAAAUGGACUCUACAACUUCAUAGUUCCACUGCGAGCUUAUUAUCGGCCCAGAAAGGAGCUCAACCCAAUAGUGCUGCUACUGGACAACCAACCAGACAACCACUUCUUAGAGGCCAUUUGCUGCUUUCCAAUGGUUUACUUCAUGACUGGAACUAUUGAUAAUUUGGACAACCUGCUGCGGUGUGGUAUAAUCUAUGCCGAUAACUUGGUGGUUGUGGACAAGGAGAGCACCAUGAGUGCCAAAGAAGACUACAUGGCAGAUGCCAAGACCAUUGUCAACGUCCAGACAAUGUUCAGAUUGUUCCCCAGUCUCAGCAUCAUCACAGAGCUCACACACCCGUCCAACAUGAGGUUCAUGCAGUUCAGAGCAAAGGACUGCUACUCACUCGCCCUGUCCAAACUGGAGAAGAUUGAGCGAGAUAAGGGCUCCAACUUGGCCUUCAUGUUCCGGCUGCCGUUUGCUGCCGGCAGGGUGUUCAGUAUCAGCAUGCUCGACACACUGUUGUACCAGUCGUUUGUUAAGGACUACAUGAUCGGUAUUACACGGCUUCUUCUUGGCCUGGACACAACACCCGGCUCUGGCUACCUGUGUGUUAUGAAGAUCACAGAAGAAGACUUGUGGAUCAGGACUUACGGCCGGCUCUUCCAGAAAUUCUGUUCUUCCAGUGCUGAGAUUCCCAUCGGCAUCUACCGCACUGAGUCACACAUGUUCUCAACGUUAGAGAGGAAGGACAGUAAUGCAAAGUCUCAGGUGUCCAUCAAUGCAGAGCAUGGGGAGGAACAACGAGACCGUGGAGAGUCUUGGAAAGAGAAGACAGCCCACAGAAACUCCACCACGAGUGACCAAUCAGAGCAUCCGCUGCUGAGGAAAAAGAGCAUGCAGUGGGCUCGACGGCUGAGCAGAAAGAACGCCAAGCCAGCGAGCAGAGCAGAGCGCAUUUCGCAGCAGAGACUCAAUCUGUAUCAGCGCUCUGAGAGGCAGGAGUUGUCUGAGCUGGUCAAGAACCGGAUGAAACAUCUGGGAAUCUUAACUGUGGGAUAUGAGGAUGUUUCUAAUCUCACUGCGAGUGAUGUCAUGAAUCGAGUGAAUCUAGGAUAUUUGCAAGAGUUGCAGGCUAUUUCAGAGCAGCCGUAUACAGAGGGGACAAGGCCGUCAGGGCCACAAGCAGAUGAGAUGAACGACCACCAUAACACGCUGUCCUACGUCCUCAUCAAUCCUCCUCCCGACACCAUGCUUGAGCUCAACGACAUCGUGUACAUUAUUCGCUCAGAUCCACUGGCACACGUGCCAGAGGACUCACAGAUGGGACAGGCUCCAAACACCAGGAACCAACAGGACUUUGGCACAGAGACAAGAAAUGAGACUCACCUUUGAAUGCUUUUGGUCCUCGGUUUCAUGAGCUCCCAAUAGAACUCAUAUACCUUGCACAGAUGAAGGCCUGACACGGGCAGUGAUGAGAUGUUCAUAGUGAAUGUGCAUUAUGUGUCUCUCAACUUUACACCAGAGUUUAACCACAUCCUAAAAGAUGGCCCUAAGAGACCUGUUUACCAUGGAGCUGCCAAAGCAGGAUGCAUGAAGAGUGCCUAGUCAUCACAACCACCAACCUUAUCAACACACAGUCCCCUCACAAACACUCUGUAAAGUAGGGCCUAAAAGCACCUUCCUCUACCCAGUCUGAGUGCAGGGAUCAGCAGUGUUAUUAGACGUAAUGAGAUGGUUAAAGCAGGUUUCUGUGCAGAUAGAUCAAAUCAGAUCAUUUGAGUCCAUGUUUUGCACAGGAGGGAAGAUGACCUUGUGCCACUAAUCAGGUCUCUCCGCCUGUUUCUGCCUAUAUUCAAAAACUGAAACUCAUUCGCAUCCACAACUUAAACAUCAUGUUUUGCUUUUAAAGAGAAUUGUAAAAUUUUUAGAUUUUCUACAUUUUAAAAGGCAUUUACCACGAAAUUACAGUGCAUGUGCAGUUUUCUUCUUUUAUUGUGACGAUUUAAUUAUUCUUGUACACUUUAUCAGGCAGUUUUUAUUUACAAAGUAAUUUUUUUUUAUUAUUAUAUGUGAUUGCAGAAGUUGAACCUUUACUAGCCGAGUUAGCAUUUCUCUUUAAUUUUGUCUGUUGUUAAAAAAUUAUUUUCUUUCUUGUUAGAAACCAUGCCUACUCCACAUUAUGUGCCAUGUUGUUUACUCUAUUUAUUUGUAAAUUAUGCUAUUAUUGUGCCAUUUUGUAUUUAUUUUGUGACACCAGUGUUUUUAGACCGUUUUUAGACCUGACUGCAACAUCUGCUGCUGUCGUGCAAAAAGUAAACUUACAGAAGAAAGCUCAUAUAGUUAUGAAAAUAUGUAUUUUUAAGGAUGCUAAUUUAUCAUUCAAUAUACAUUUACUGAAAUCAACUAACUGUUGAUCAUAAUAAUAGCUGCAGUUUGAAUCUAGUGUUAACAGCUGAAUUUAUAUUAAAUUUGAGUUGGAUGUUAAGAAAACUUCUACACAAUCUUAAACUUGAAUUAGAAAUUUUUAUGUAAUUAAUUUUUACUUUCCGUUUUGUUUCUCAGUCCAUAUCAUGUUUGAAGAUUAAGGAAAUCCUGCAUUUUUAACCCUUGAGGCGCCUUUAUAUUGAACAUACACUUUUUAUCCUUAUAUCCUAAAACAGUACCUCUUAUAAAAGUGUAAUAAAAAUGUUAUAUUUAAUUCUAAUGCUUCAGACUAAACCCCAUAUAUUAAGCUUUUUAUUUUCACGACCUAAAGCAUAAAUCACAGAUUACAGUAAGGUGCGUUUUGCAUGCAUGUGCUCCACACUUGGCACACUGGUUGUAGACAGGACCUUCUAGAAAGUGGAGACACUGUGUCUACUCUUUCUGGAAGGCCCUUGCUGUGGUUCAUUCAUAAACCCACAGGUUUGUGAAGUGUGGAAUUAGCUGCAUUAGUAUCUUAGGGAAAUGUCUGCAAACUGCAGGCUGCAAACUAUUCUCACAGAAGAUGCACCUGCAUAAUCUUGCUAUGCCACACAUCCUUUGGAGAGAGGAGUCUCUCUCUUGAUAAAGAAAACAUAAACAAAGCCAACAUGGCUUUUGAUUCUUCAAAUUACACACACAUAUACACACAUAAACAUGCAAAAUAUUUUCUAAACCACAUUCACACCUCUCUUUUAUACUGCAUUAUUCCCAACAUACAAAGAAUAUUUUUGUCCUGUUAAAUAUUUUUUGCCAUGCAUUUUGAAAGGUAAGACAACGAUGUCCCCUAUUGAAACUAUAUGUGAUGAAGCAACGAUGCUUGUAAUCAUUUAAGAGGGGUCAUCACACCUAAAACCAGUUUUCCCUGUAUUUUGAAAGUAGAGGCUUAGAUUAUUUUGGUGCUUGUUGGGAAAGUAUUAUAAAAUGUCAGGAUUACAGUGCAUCACAAAUAUGUGGUUAUAAUGGAAGUAAAUGGGACCAAAUCGUUACUGAAGGUAAAGAGUGAAUGCAAAAUGCAUAGCUGUUGUUCUACACACCUUGCAAUCAAAAGGAUAUAGGAUAUUUUAAAAAUAAAAAGCAAAUCCUGGCUCAGUUUCUUACAACAGUGCUUUAAGCAGACUGAAAAAAAAAGCAACAUAUAAGCCGAAAGUAUACGUUUGGUCCCUCAAGGUACCUGAAGGGACAUGUUAAGAGACAGUUUCUGCCUCAUGAAUGUGGUUCUGAAAUUAGCUUAAUAUUAGCUUACCAUGACGGUUUAGCUAUUUAGCGCUAAUAGCUGUAAUAUUUUCUUCUAGCAAAAUAACUUCCUGAAAGAGUAAUUUAACAGUCAAUCACUUGUAAGAUGGUAUUUAGCUGCUGGAAAAUAGGUUUAAGAGUGUCCAUUGUUAGUCUUUUUAUUUUAUUUGUAGCAUUUGUGCUAAGCUAAUUGUUCUGGCUGUGGCUUUGUGUUUACCACAUACUGUACUAUGGAAGUAUUUCUCCCGUCAGAUGACAGCUAACCUGAGUAAAUGCAAAAUGAUGAUUUCACUUUUUAAGGGGGAAAAAAUGGGGGAAAAAAACAACCUGGUCCUCUGUGAAAAAAAUAAUUGUCCCCUACCUGUCAACUGGUUAUACCACUUGGAGGCAUCGACUGCCAUCAAGCAUUUGCAGUACCUGGAAACAAGUCUUUUACAUCACUGUGUAUGAAUUUUUGGCCAAUGUUGUUUCAUUUUUAUUCAGCCACAUUACAGGAUUUUCAAUCAGAAUGACAGCCUGUAGGCCAAUCAUGCCACAGCAUCUCUAUUUAAGUCCAGGUUUCAACUAGCUCUCUCAAAAAAACCUUUUAUUUCUUUAUUUUUCAGCUAUUCAGAGGCUGACUCACUUAUUUUCUUUGAAUCAUUGUCUUGCUGCAUAAACCAAGAACACCAGAGCUUAAGGACACAAACCGAUGGCCAUACGUAAUCCUUCAGGAUUUUCAGGUAGCAAGCAGAUUUCAUGGGUCCUUCAGUUACAGCAGGUCGUCCAGGUCCUGAGAGAAAGCAUAGCAGCACAAACCGUCACACUACCUCCACUACGUUUGUUUGUUUGAUGUUCUUUUUGUGUUAGUCACAUGACAGUUGAAACAGGACGAUUAACUUCCAAAAUGUUUCACCUUUUUUUGCCAGGUCACAGAAUACUUUCCUAAAGGGUUGGGAAUAAUCAAGAUGUUUUUGGCAAAUUUGAGGCAGGAAUUUGUGGGUUUUUUUGGUCGGCAGUGGUUUUUCCAUUAGAACUUUCUCAUGGAUGACGAUUUGUUCAGGUUCUUUCUUACUACUGAAUCAUGAACACCGACCUUAGCUGAGGCAAGUACUGCAGUGCUUUAGAUGUUGUUCUGGUUUGUUUACAAAUUAUUGAGGUUCUGCUUCAUGUUUCGUUCAUUUGCGGAUAAUGGCUCUCACAGUGAUUAGCUGGAAUUUUGUUAGAUGGGGGCAUUCUGUGUCGCUUUUUAAGAUCUUUUAGCCUACUUCCUGUUGUCGGACAGGUACUAUUUAAAGUUCUACAAGUCAAGCAGGAACCAGGUUAGUGAAAUUAAACAAAUGUUAAAGUUUUUUCAUAGGGCCAGGUUGGCUUUAAGCAUUUAAAAACUUCAUGUAGUAAUCACUUAGGUUAUCUUUUUCUGAUAUAAAAAUUUAUUUGAACAUUAAAGUGUGACAAAAAGCUAAAAUAAAGCAAAUCUGAAAGGGGGCUAGUGCUUUCCCCAUCACUGUAAUUCAUGCAAAACGAUCAUUACAAAUGUAUCUGUGAUGUAUCAUAGGUUUUAAACAUUUUUUUUGUUAGCCUGUUUUUUUUUUUUUUUACUUAAAACCUGAUUUGACCAAAAUAUGUUAGCUAUAACAUCUGUUUGAUUGCAAAUGGCUAGCACAUUUUAAAGUUCUGCACAGCAGUAUAUUUUGCACAGGUAUUCACAAACAUAAUCAAGUAUAAUUUAUUUCGAAAACUAGGUGCUGUGGUUUAAAUUGUUAAAGCCUCACUUUGUGCACACCACAGUUUCAGUAUUUAUUCCUGAUCCAUUAUCCUUUUUAUCUGUGUCUUGGGUUUACUCACUGUAAAUAUGAACUAUAUACGUGGUUUUGUUACCAUGAAAAGUAAAAAGGACUUAAACUAUUUUUGCACUAAGCUCUGUAGCAAUGUGUGGAGCAUAACAGCAUGACCCUUUAAUUUGAAUCUGUAAAACAUGGAAAAUAUUUAUCUGCAGUGCAAAGACCCACAAUGCAUCCGUCAGCAUGACUUACCCUGCAGAUGUUUGCACAUUUUACAUUUUGAAUGUUGUGGUCUUAUUUCUCAUCUCAAAUGAUCCUAAAGUGAGAAAGGAGGGAUUGCUUUGAUUUAUUUCGUGGUCCAGAAAUCUUGUUUCACAGAGUAAGAAGUGACAGUUUACAGGCUAGAAGAGCGGUGCAGUGAAAGAGUGAGCAACUGCAAUGGAGGAUGCAACCAGUCUGCCAAUCUACUCGUAACACCUUCCAGAAUCCUUACUACAAACCCUAACAGUCCUGCAGGACUUCACUGGAUGUCUUCUGAUGUCAGGACUUAACCAACACAUGGGGCAUGUUAUCUCUUAAAAGCAUGUUUUGAUAUAAAAAGCUUGCCAAGAACAAAAUAUUUCCUACACUUAGCAGGGCAUUUAGCGCAGUCUCCUGUUGCUAGAUUAAAAACCCAUAACAGAAUCAACUGCUUGCAAGUUGGAGCCAUUAUUUGAGACUCUAUUCAUAUGAAUGGAAUGUGCAUGUUGUCUAGAUGUUAUCAGAAGCCAACGUAUUAUGUUUACCUCCACUUUGUUUUUGAAUCAUUGUCAAAAAAAAAAAAAAAAAAAAAGGAUGAUCCAUUUUGUACAAUUUCUUAUGAGAAGUGCACAUACAGAUACGGACAAAUAAACACUGCAUGCAGCCAAAUA